AAGUAUUAUUCAAAAGUAGCCCUAAAGAAAAAAGACUAUAGGUAUGUUUUAUCCCAGUAAUGCGUUCACACUAACUCACUCAAAGUUGCAACCAUAUUAGUCCAGUCAAUAUAGACAUGAAAAAGAGGGCCUGCUAGUAAUUUAUAUUUUAUUUCUGAUUUUUAUACCUAUAUUUUUUUAAACAUCAAUGAAAAUUGUUGAUUCAGUUGUUGUUGAGCAUUCGAGGUGAAAGGUUCGUUUAUCAUUUGUGCGCCUUAUCUGUUUGUUUCUUGAAUCAAGUUAUAACCGAAAUACAAUAAUGUUCUAGCUUUACGGAAUCUCUGUGUAUAACCGCAAAUUUGAAGAAUUUAAAGCAGUAGGACUGGUUACUCUAUUAGUGAAUUCACUGUGAUCGAUUGUUGUUUAAAUACGGUCGCCUACAAGAUGAGUUGCGAGAGCUGCAAACAACAAGUUAAUCGUGCAUCGAAAUCGAAAAUAACUUGCUCGAAUUGCAGCUGUAUGUUCCAUGGUGCUUGUGUGGAGCUCACCGACAACGAUCUCGAUGUAUUUCAAGGAACCGGCAAAGUUUGGUCAUGUAAGAAGUGUACCAGUGCUUUACGUCUCCAACGAGCCAAUUCAGACUCUACUCCAGUUAAGGCAAACACAAAUUCAGCGACGAGUAGUAGUGCUCCAGUGACGAUUGAACAAUUAAAUAUACUACUAACAAAAAUGAAAGACGAGCUACUGGAUAAGCUCGGAGCUGAAAUAGCUGCCUGCAGAAAAACUCUGGAAGAAAAUGCAAAGGAAAUCGCGAAGCAGGGGGCAUCAAUAACCGCCCUGAAGGAAGAAAACUCGCACCUAAAAACCAAACUUCGGGAGUUAGAACUGAAACAGGACGAUCAGGAGCAAUAUGGCCGAAGAAACACCCUUGAAGUGUUCGGAGUUCCCGAGAUGAACAACGAGGACGUCCAGGGCAGAAUACUGGAGAUCGGGAAGGCGCUGAACGUGAAGCUGGACCGCACGUCGAUUGAUGCAUGUCAUCGCCUCCCUAGAAGAAAGGACAACAUCGCACCUGGAAUAAUAGUUCGUUUUGUUCGUCGUGGGGACAAGGACGCACUGCUAAAGAACAGAAAACAAUGUAGAGACUUUUCAACUCAGCAUAUAAAAUUGCAGGGAAAUAGUCCAAUUUACAUCAAUCAGUCCUUAACGGCGGAUAGACGUAGACUGUUCGGUCAAGUCAAAAAGGUGCAAAGGGAGAGGGGUUUCCGUCAUGUGUGGAUCGACCGUGUAGGCCGAAUAAAAGUUAGAUGGGAGGAUGGCGGUCCAAUUCAUAUUGUUAGAUGUGAUGAGGAUCUCCAUAAUCUUAAAAAUGAGAAAAAGGACGAUGCCGACGUAAGUAAGAUUAAAGUUUAGAUCUCAUAAAGCGUAGAAAUGAACAGUAAUGUUAUUUAAAAUCUUAAUCUAGUGUUUAAUGAGACAAUUUAGCGUAAACAAUAUAGUUGAGCGUAGUAAAAUGUCAUUGAAGAAGGAGUAUUUUAAAACUAAUGUCAUUUUAUUUAUUAUAAGUUAUCAAGUUAUUUAAUAAGAGUGUGAAUGACAUGCAUUUAUGGGUUGUUGUUCUGUAUAAUAAGUUUAAAUAAUUGUUCAUUGCUCCCAUCCAAGCUUACUUGAAUGAUAGUUCGUUAUUAGAAUACAGUAGAUUAGGAGAAACGAAUUCAAUUCGUUAGAUAAACUAGAUUCGUGAGAUAGAGGUGUCUAUUGUUAUUUUGUCAAGUAAAGUACCUAUUGGACCUUUUAUCGAUAAUGAUAACUGGCUAUUUUGAACCGCUAAUCUUUGAAGUUGGUAGAAAGUAUUAGAGCUGAAUUCCGUUAUCUCGAUCUUCUCUUGCUAAUCUUUAAAUACUGGGUUUCUCAGUUUAAAUGAAUUAUAUUUGCCUGUAGACUGACGAGUAUGUGUGUGUGAGAAAUAGCAUAUCAUUGAGUAGAAUGGGGGGGGGCUAAUAUUUUUGUUGUUUGCAUUAUUAUACAGUAAGUAAUGAAGUUUUUGUCUAUAAAAUACUCAUUCUUAGAAUCAUAUUAAUCCAGUCCUGGAUAAAUAACAAUGUUGGUUGUGC